AUGGCCGAAAUUGCUAAGGCCCAGAUUGCGGACCAGGCAGCCGUGGCCUCUUUCCAUACCGUGGGCUCUCACAAAGUCUUCGAUAACGAGGAUGGCCUCAUCAUCCUGGAAAAGUUUGCCAAGGCCACCCGCAGCAUCGAGAGCCUCGAGGGGCAGGUCUCUGAUCUUGAGUCAUUGAUCAAUAUCAUGAAAUUGGAGACCGCUGUUCUGAAGCCGGAGAACGCUGCCCUGAAGGGAGAAUUGGCUAUUCUACGGACGGAGAAUGCUGCCUGCACCGUUGAAGUGCCCAAGGUCCACCACAUGAACGGGUUGUACCUGAAUGUCCGAGAGCGAGGGUGGACCACUCUUCUGCGUGACAAAUGGCGUAUGAACGAGCCUGAGCAGAAAAUCCCUAUGAGGCAGCUAUACGCGGCUGCUGUUCACGAUGGCCAGGCCGUCGUCUCUCAAAUGUUCCUGGAUCGUCGACCCCGAACCGAGCUGGAGAACUUUGUGUCUGUCUAUGGUGCCGAGCCCGACAAAAAAUGCUGGAUUUCAACCGCCAUCCAACUCUUUAACACGGCGGGUAGCAUUCACAUCCAGCUACAAGAGCUGCGUCCUGAGGAACAGCGGGUUUUCGAUGAACUCGUUCACCUUGUGCGGGACUCUAGCCGCUAUGAGAAAGUAGAGGAGGCUGCUAAGCGAUUCCCUUUCAACUCUGUGAACGAGGACUUCGAGAUUGAGACUGUGAACCAGGAGGUGUAG